GUCACCACUUCCACAACAACAAGAAGCUGAAAAACAAGGAAGUGGACGAUUGUGUGAAGCCGUGACCUGAACUAAGGCCGUGAGAAGAUACGCAGAGCUCCGUUUAACCUGAUAUUCCUCAGCCUCUGGAUCAUAACACGACAAUGAACAACAAAGGAUCAUAUCCACAGCAGGCUGUGUACCCUCAGCAGAGCACUGCACCUGUAUACCCUCCUGCUAUGCAAAUGUCUCCUCAGGCACCUCCUUACACAGACACACCACCUGCAUAUUCUGAGAUAUACCAGCCCAGAUAUGUGCUUCCACCUCAGGUGCCUGGUCAGGUGCCUCAGAUGUCCUCUCCCUAUCCUGGUGCUCAGGUGUAUAUGCCCAUGCAGCCACAUAUGCCAGUUGGGCCAGUGGGCCAGAAUGUCCCCAUGGCUUAUUAUCCAAUGGGAGCAGUCUACCCGCAUGGUUCAACUGUGAUGGUGGAGAGCGGCUAUGAUGCUGGUGCUCGCUUCACGGCCGGCAGCAGUGUUUCCAUCCCACCCCCACCUCCUGGACACCCCCCUAAUGCCGCUCAGCUGGCUGCCAUGCAAGGUGCCAAUGUUGUAAUGACACAGCGCAAGAAUAACUUCUUCCUGGGUGGAUCCAGUGGAGGUUAUACCAUCUGGUAACAGCAGCUCCUUCUUCAUGCCUAAACCAUGUCCCCAUCCCUGAUGAUGCCCCAGUUCUUCCCCAUCCCAUAUGCCUCCCUCUUCAGGCUGCUUGGCCAUGCCACAAUACUGAUAUCACCUAACGGAAUGUAAUAUUUUAGAGCCCUUGUGAAAGGUACAGUACUCCACUUCUGACCUAGAGAUGAAAUGAUAAACUCCAUUGCCUGAAGAGGACAAGUGAAAAUCGUAAUGUUACAGAAUCCAUUCCAUAGUUCUUCAUUGGGUCUAACCUCUUUGGUCAUUCCAGAUCUGACCUCUUUCAGGCAUCUUUAUUUGUCAACAAGAUCUUCUCUUCUUUGAUUGAAUGGUUGCAAAUUACACUGAGAUGUUCUUGUACUCCUGUAAAAAUACUUUAAUGAAAUAUUGAAAUAUCAGACCCGCAUAAAUAUAGUUUAGCUGCUUUAUGGUGAAAGUGAAACGCAGUUACAAAGUUGCAGUAAAAAAGAAAAAAAAACCUCCACUUGUCUUUUUUUGAAACUUUUAGUGUAGUUCAAUUAAUAGGUGUCUAGUAGUUCCAUGUAAAUACCAGUAUGAUUAUGAGAAAUUACAUCUCAACUAUUAAAAAAAAAAGAAAAAAAGUCAGCAUCCUGGAUGCUUUUAGCUAGAAAUGUCUUGUCUUUUGCACAGUAUCCAAAAUACCACGGAAAAUUUGUUGCACAGUGAACUUUCUGAGAGAUUGUUCUAUUUAAAUCACAUGUAAAUUAAAGAAAUUAAAGCAAAAAGAAUUAAAAAAAUCAAAAGAUUUACUGCAAUAUGAAAGUGGUUUACUGUACCUUGUUGGGCAACUUGUAGAUGAACAUAGUCAAGUGCCAAAGAGCACUGGGGAUAGCCCUAAAUUUAAGCAAAUUAACUUCAGUAAACUUAAAGGAAAGAAAAAUUAAAGUAAAUCCAAAUAGUAAGAUGGAUGGGAAGGGGUGGUUGGUGUAACAUUUUAGCUUUUUUGUCUCUUGUUUCUAUUUCACAGUCGGAUACCCAGAGUUUAUACACUAAAUGUUUUAUUGUACAGAUUUAAACUACCUUUCAUUGUUUCCUUUUCACGCAGUAUAUCUUAGAUCAUCAAGUAUUUAUUCUCCACAGAAAAAUGUCACCUUUUGUGAUGGCAUUCAUUUCUAGGUAACAUUUUCGGCAAAGUUGGUGAGACUUAUAUUUCAGUGUUUCUUUACUUUUCCACAUUUAAGUGACUUACACAAGUAGUUAGGCUAAUAAAUUUGUUAGUAUAACCAAUGAGCUGGUUGUACCAAAGAUCUGGUCUACAAUGCACUUAUGUUUGGUUGUGACGUCAUAUUUGAAAUGUCACAAUUUAAAAGCAAACUUAUCCUUGGACAAGAAUUUGUGACACUGUUGGCCAUUGGAACCUUUGGUCUGAUGUGACUGCAAUUGUUAGUUAAUGUGGGUAAACUGCAUCUUUAAGUUGCUGCAUACUUUUGCACCUUUGCUAUGUACAAGUUAGAUUAAAGUACUUUUUAUCUGAAAUGCACUGCUAAGCAAACUGGAGGAGUUGCAGACAAGGGGCUCUUCUUUUCUAAAAAAAAAAAAAAUAAUAAUCAGUUUUCAUGCUUUUUUAAGAAAGCUGUGAUGUUUUGGGGAUUUUUUUUUUUUUUUUUUUGUGUGGGUGGUUUUUUGUUUUAGUUUUUUUUAGCACUUUUCACAUUUUAAAAUUCAUCCAGUCUAAACAAUUUUAAAACUUUUGACAUGUCACAUUGUUCAGUUGCCUGCACGUGUAUGCAAACCUUUUGCAAAGAGGCUAAAUGACUGUCGGCAUAAUGUUUAAUUUCCAGGAUUUUUAUUUUUUUUGUUUAUGCUGUUUAAACUCGUUUCCUUAGGGUCGUUACAUAUUACAUAAUCUGGCAAACUGAAAGAAGACUGCUAAACAUAGGCAAGUUGCCUGUAUGGAUACCAUCAGCUAAUAUUUGUAGACUUGUUCAUUUGUGUCAACUGUCACUGGGUAUCCGACAUAGCAUAUCAAGUUUUAACAGCUGUGGCCGCCAGAAAACAAAACCUGUUUUCUUGUCAACCAACAUUUAGUGUUUUCAGUGUUAUUUAAGUCAGAAGAAUCAUCUGUCUGGAAACCUGCAUCACUCAUCUAAUAAACCUCUCCUCCGCAGCUCAUACAUAAAGCUGCAGCACCAGAUGUGACAGUCAUCUCCAUGUCCAUUUAUUUACCCGCUCAUGCUGUCAUUUCAUACAGCUUCAUUGGAAAAGGAGGCCACAGCUAUCAAAACUUAGAAACUGUACAAACGUUAUCUUUUUUUCCCAUCUAUGCUCUGAUUAUUUGUAAAGCAGCAUAACGGUGGCUUUGCCCAGCAAUAUGAAGUACUGUAAUUUACAGCUGACCAGUAGAUGCUAUGCCAACCACAGCCAGCAAAAGGAGCACUCUUUGUUGAAGGAUUAUGGACAUUUAUAGUUCAGGGAUUCUCUUUACAAUAUUUUCUAAAAUAGAUGUAUGUACUAAAGUGAUGUGAUGGACUUUGGUACACAUUCUAUCUUUUAAGAUUACUAAAGGAGAUGAGUGUCACUACAGUUUGCUGAGACAUGUCAAAGAUGGAAUACUUUGAAAAAAGAACUUAGGUGCACUUAACUUUUUUAUACUAAACUUAAAAUUUAAAAUGUAAGUUUAGAAUAAAGGUUAUUUUGGAAAUUUGAAA